CUAAUCGACUUGAUCCCGUUUAGGAAGUUAGUAAUAAUGAGACGCCAGCGACAGAGGUAUUUAUGGAAGCAAGGAAUCACAAAUCAGGUGCCGGAGUCCUAACAAGCCGAGAACGGUGAACCGUAUGUGUCGGUUUCAAAAUGGUUUAUGGACAGAUUCUCCACAGGAGUGGGACAGAGGAGGACCUUGUUAACCUCAAUAUUGGUGGAUUUAAACAGAAGGUAAACCAAAGCACUCUUCUGAGGUUUCCCCACAGCAGGCUUGGGAAACUGCUGAACUGUAAAUCGGAGGACGCUAUUCUGGAGCUUUGCGAUGAUUACAGCGUUGCUGAAAAAGAGUAUUACUUCGACAGAAACCCUUGCUUUUUCCGGUACGUUUUAAACUUUUACUACACCGGGAAACUUCAUCUGAUGGAGGAACUUUGUGUAUUUUCCUUCUGUCAGGAGAUUGAAUACUGGGGGAUAACCGACUUAUCAUUGGAUUCUUGCUGUAGCAAUAAAUACCAGGAGCAAAAGGAAUAUGCUGGAGAUAAAGACUGGGACCAAAAGAGCGAUGAGCAGCAGAGUUUUGAUUCGUCUUUUGAAGAGCUUUCUGUCCUGGAGAAAGACCUUGAGAAAUUUGAAGGCACGUGGUGUUCAGAGAUUAGGAAAAACGUGUGGCUCCGGCUUGAAAACCCAGGAUAUUCGUUUUCUGCCAAGUUGAUUGCGAUUGCUUCUUUGGGUGUUGUCCUAACAUCGAUUGUGGCCAUGUGUAUUCAUAGCAUGCCUGAAUUCCAAGUAUUUGAUGCUAAUGACAAAGAAAUUGAAGACCCUGUUCUAGCCGUUUUUGAGAUAGUGUGUAUUAUCUGUUUUUCCAUAGAAUUCAUAGUCAGGCUCACUGUGACCCCUUGCCCAAGGAAGUUUAUAAGCAAUCCCUUGAACAUUAUUGACUUUGUGUCUAUUAUUCCCUUCUAUGCCACCUUAGCCAUUGAUAAUGUGGAUGAGGAGAAUGAGAAUCUGGAGAACGUGGGGAAAGUGGUCCAGAUUCUGCGUCUAAUGAGGAUAUUCCGUAUCCUCAAACUCGCCAGACAUUCUGUUGGACUUCGUUCUUUAGGUGCUACCUUGAGACACAGCUACCAUGAGGUAGGACUGCUCCUUUUGUUCCUGUCCGUUGGGAUAUCCAUAUUCUCAGUUCUUGUGUAUUCUGUGGAGAGGGAUGAUGAAGAAUCGGAGAUACAGACCAUCCCUGUUGGCUGGUGGUGGGCUACUAUCAGCAUGACCACUGUGGGUUAUGGUGACACGUAUCCUGUAACUUUGCUGGGCAAGCUAAUUGGCACUUUAUGCAUUAUCUGUGGAUUACUGGUAGUUGCCCUGCCAAUCACCAUUAUUUUUAAUAAGUUUUCUAAAUAUUAUCAAAGGCAAAAAGUUAUGGAUGUGGAAAACUGCAAUACAGAAGUAAAGACUCAAGAUCCCGAUCUUCCAUACUUCAAUGUAAGAGACUUGUACGCCCAAAAAAUGCAUUCUUUCAUUGCUAGCACUUCUUCUGGAAGCAGCAUAACUAGUGAUUGCGAUGAGACAGAUGCUUCCAGUAUUCAAGGCAUUGAAAAUGUUUGUAAUGCUGACACUCUGGAAAACAGUUCAGCAAAGCAUCCAGUUUGAGCUUCUACAAUAACUUUACAAUAACUAAGUAAAGCACUUUACAGGUCUCAGGGCUAUUUAUCAAUAGAUCUUAAUAUUGCUUCCUGACAUUAUCAAUAACACUGCACAUGACUAGGGGGUCUAUCUGUUAUGCAUUAGGUAAUGACUGAAAUCUAAAAGAAAAAAUAAAUUCAGCUUGGUAGCUUCAUCAAAGUCUCUUUUGACAGUGUGUACUGAAUAUCCAGAGUUUUGAACAAAGAAAUUACAGAGAAUGGAUUAUUUAUUUAAUGAAAUAUAUUGUUAAAUAUUUAUAUACUGCCUGGUGAACAAAUAAAGUAUUUUAUCAUACAGAGAGCAAAAGAAUAAAAACACAGAUGACAAAAUGGCAUGAUAGUGCUUUGUGUCACACACUGGUUUUGGAAGAGACAAAUACAUGCAUGAUCUGAUCGAGACAGCAUGGUAUGGAAAUGCUGAUUGAAU